AUGGCUUAUCAUAAAAUUGAAAUUCCAGAUGAUACUUAUGAAGUACCCAAAGCUAUGAACUUAGGAGUUGCUUAUGGAGAAGAUAAGCUGUUUAUUUUCGGAGGAUAUGAUGGGAGAAACUACUUGGACUCCUUUUUGAUUUUCGAUUUAAAAGCAAAUGCCUGAGAAAAAUUCUCUGAAUUAUCACUAUCCAGUAGACCUUCAGCCAGGCAUCUCCAUGUAAUCAAAUAUGUUGAAAAGCAUUUGAUCGUAAUAUUCGGAGGGGCUCAUACAAACAACUUUUAUAAUGACACUUAUGUAUUUAACACUAGAACUUAUAAUUGGGAAUGUGUUUCAGAUUCCCGCAAAGUCCCAUGACCUAGAUAUGGGAUGUGUGGUGAUAUGAAUGAAUCACAUUUGUACAUUAUAGCUGGCUAUGGAACGAAUCCGGAGUCAGGGGAAGACAGAUAUUUAGAUGAUUUAUGGUCGUUUGACGUCAAAGCUAGGCAAUGGAACCAAAUAAAUACUGUAGGGGAAGAUAGGCCAAAAGGAACAGGCUGGAACUGUGUUAUCUAUAAUAAAGUCAUUUACUGCUUAGGGUCUUCAGUGUUAAAGUUUUAUUUAUUAAGCCUUCAGACAAGAGAAUGGCAAGUGAUAUCAACUUUGGGGACAAUUCCUGAUAAGCUCGAGCUCUAUGGAUUCAGCCGCUGUGAUUCUGGAAGCUUUUAUGUGUAUGGAGGAAUCUCUUACUCAGAAGAAAGCGACUCUACGUACUCAUUAGACCUAAUUGAUGACCAAUAUAUAUGACACAAGCUGGAAUGCACAGGAAAUAAGCCAGGAAUAAGGGUCUCCUUCGCAUCAGUUAGCCUAGGAGACUCAAUUAUAUACAUUGGUGGGAAAACAGGGUCUGUUCUGAGUGGAGAUAUUUAUGCAUUUAACCCAAAUAUUGGGCUUAGAUGGAUAUGCUUGAAAGUAGUCGGAAAUUGUCCUUCAGAAAGAGUUGGACACACUGCUUGCUACAUUGAAGCUUUAGGGGGUAUCGUCAUUCAUGGAGGAGACUCUAGGGGGGUUGUAAAUAAUGAUUUAUAUCUAUUCAAAUAUAAAGAAAAAGCUUGGGAAAAAAUUGACUAUCAAGGAGAGUCUCCAGCCCUCUCUUACCAUUCUUGUGCUUAUGAUAAGGAAAAGAACAUUGUAAUUUAUUAUGGAGGAGGAAAUCUUCAAGAAUGCUCAGGGGAAAUUUAUGUCCUGAACAUAAACUCGAUGACCUGAAGCAUACCUAAAAGCAAAAAGAGAAUUCCUGCACGGGCAGGCCAUUAUGCCUUUAUCCAUCCGACAACGCAUGAAAUGGUCGUAAUCGGCGGCUUCAUCUCGAUCGAAGGCUAUACCAAUGAAGUUUGGUCGUUCAGCAUUGAUGACGCAAAAUGGACCAAAAUAGCUACUUCUACUAAUGAUGGCCCUAUGCCUGUUGGGAGAAUAGCUAUGGCCUGCAUGCUCUAUGAGUUUUACAACGAGUGCUGGCUGUCGUAUCUUCACACGACGACUAUUUUCAUAACGACUAUUUUUUUGGCCUAUUUUUUGGCCUAUUUUUUGGCCUAUUUUUUUUUUGGCCUAUUUUUUUUGGAAUAUUUUUUUUUGGCCUAUUUUUUUUUUUCACCUAUUUUUUUUGGCCUAUUUUUUUUUUUAGCCUAUUUUUUUUUUUGACCUAUUUUUUUGGCUUUUUUUUGACAAUUUUUUAGCUAUUUUUUACUAAUAUUUGGGCAUAAUUCUAUACUAGUUAUUUUAAUAUAAUUUUUUAAUGUGUUUUAAACGAUUUAACCAACAAAAAAUGCACCCUUAACAGAUUUCUUACUCAAUGAAUACUAAUUAUUUGCUUUUAAAAUUUCGAGAAUUUUAGAUUUAAUUAGGAGUUUUCCACUUAAAUUUACUCAAUAUUAAUCGCGUAAGGAAAAGUCUCUGUUUCUCAAUAAGAUUUUAGUCCUCUCAGCAGCUUCAUGAAUGAGGCCAGGCAAAAAAAUAGCCAAAAAAAAAUAGUCCAAAAAAAAAUAGGCCAAAAAAAAAUAGGCUAAAAAAAAAUAGGUUAAAAAAAUAGGCUAAAAAAAAAAAUAGGUUAAAAAAUAUAUAGGCUAAAAAAAAUAGGCCAAAAAAAAAUAGGCCAAAAAAAAAUAGGUUAAAAAAAAUAGGCCAAAAAAAAUAAAACAAAAAAAAAUAGGCCAAAUAAAAAUAGUCGUUAUGAAAUAUUCGUCGUGUGAAGUAACCGCUGGCUAUAUAUGCAUGGAGGUGUUAACUCAGAAAUUGUGCUAGAUGACUUGUGGCGUCUUAAUUUAUUGACUUGGGAAUGGCAAAGACUGCCUCAGUUUAGCAGAUCCCCUGGAUCUGUAUACGGGCAUACCGCACUGCUAAUUGAGAACUCAAUUUUCGAAUACGUUGGGAAUUCAGUUGAUAGCAGAGGAAACGCAAUAAAAGUCCCAAGCACAGGCAUCUUAUGAAGUUUGAAUCUAACGCACAAUAAUUUGAAUUGAUGCAGAUACAAAGUUGAAGGUUCAAUCCCACCCAAACGAUUUUACACAGCAGUGCUCGUCACAAAUGAUAUCGUCAUAUACGGAGGAGGGCCUGACCCCAACAUAUAUCAAUUAGACAGAAAUGAUGUCCCGCCUGAUGCAGUCUCCACAAAUAUUUUUUCUGAUUUCAUUUUGCCUUAUAAGUCCAUACCGAUGUUUUCUGGGGAUCUUAAUGAGAGCUCAAUUGAAAUGGUGGAAGAUAAAAUCACUAAUAUCAAUAAGAAGGGAAAACCAAAAAGCAAAAAAGGUUAUAAGAAGUCGAGCUCUAAAGGGUCAACUGAGCAGAGUUUUGUGACAACAAUACCAGAGGAUGAAGAAGAGGAAGAAAAAAUCCAAAUUUUUGGAGAGCAGUCUUCGAGGGAAACAUCAAGGAGAAGCUCAAUUACUUCUGACAGGUCAUAUGUUAGCUUAAGAGCUGAAGAAUUAAUUCAAAAAGCUAAGGAGUCUGCGCUAGUUCGAAGAAGGAAAAAAUAA